CCUUUUCCGGCCUGAGCCGCCUGAGGUGAAGUCGUUUUCUCCCUGUCCCUCUUCGGCUGGGGAUUUCUGCUUUCGCGCCGGCCGCUGCCUGCCGCUUGCCCGAAUUGUCAAGGAUGAUCCCACUCCAAGAGAGAAGUGGAAGCUCUUGCAGCAAGGAGCCCCUUGACAAGUGUCUUCAGGCUAAGAAGGACCUGGAGACGGCAAUUGCUGGAAUAGUGAAGGCUGAACAGCAAGUUAAGGACAACUGGAGAGAGGUGAAAGCUAAGAUUCACAGCUGCAUAAGCCGCCAUCUAGAAUGCUUGCGCAGUCGUGAAGUUUGGCUUCUUGAACAGGUGGAUCUCAUUCAGCAACUGAAGGAGGAGGCCUUGCAGCAGCAAGCACAGCAACUUUGUUGGUUGUUGGGACAAUUCAACUGUCUCAUCCACCAGCUGGAACAGCCUCACAGUAAUGACCUUGCAAAUCAAAUUUCAGUGUGCUUGGAGAGACUAGGCAAUUUAACUCUCCAGCCAGAAGAAACGGCUGUCCUGAACUUUGAGGCUAAUGUGCCAUCCCUUCGUGAGGCCAUCACAUCUUUUGGCUCGAUCACAACAAUGCAAACGUCUGACAAAGAUGACUAUGCCCCUUGGAUUUCAGUGCAGAGCUGUCCUGUGAUGGCCAAACAAGAACAGAAACCUUUGCAUGGAAAACUCUCUGACUGGCUUCUUGGAAGCAACCCUGAUAGUGCCUGCUGUAGUCCGUAUGAUCCUAGCAACAGCCACGAGGACUGGCUCUUAAAAACACACGUACAAGAGACCAAUCAGGAUUUUAAGUCUUCCAAAGUGUGUUACUUGGAGAAAGCAUGGGGAAAUCUGAAAAACCUGGAGAACUGGCUCCUACAGAACCAACAAGAUAUUCCCGAGAAAAUGGAUUCCCGCCGACGCAAGAGUUCCACCUCUACAAUUGGCUCCACCUUUUCCAUUGAAAAGAUAGAUGAAUUGGAGAUCCUAGAGCAAGAAGAAAUGGAUCUUUCUGACUGGCUACUUACUUCUCCUGAAUCGGAAAACAAGAAUGCUUCAGAGGAGGAGUGGAAUCAUGUGUUUAGGCCUUUUAGGGAGGAAUACAAUAUCAAUGAUUGGCUCCCCAAAGUUGAAUCCUGCAAUAAUUGCUGUGGUAAUCAGGCCAAGGGCAUAGAAAUAGAAAACCUUGGCAAUCUUAAGUGUCUCAGUGAGCAUAUCGAAGUGAAAAAGUUGCCCACCAAUGAUGCCUGGCUUCUGCAGCCCUCUUUCAAAGUAGAAGAUGUGUGCAGAGCUAAUGAAUUGUGCUCUAGCUUUUCAGAGUGUGUGUGUGAUGAAAACUGUGAGAAGGAAGCUCUAUGCAAGUGGCUUCUUAGGAAAGAAGGCAAGGAUAAAAAUGGCAUGCCAGUAGGUCAGAUGCCUAGCCUCACCAUGGAGCCCGAGAAGCCUAAACAUGCUGUGAAUAUCUGGCUUCAUCCUUCCCGACAGCCAGUGGAGGAAAUGGACACUUCUAGAAAACAGGACAACCCUGAGGUUGUAGAACCACUGAAAGCACUGCUUGAAACCCCAUUGUCAGCCUGGCUAACUAAACCAGAAGUCAAUGCAUUGAGUGCAGAAGAGAAGUCAAGCAGGGAGAAAGCUGAAAUGAGUUGCAAGAAUUCUCUUCUGGAGUUUCUAGAACCAUUCCGCCUCCCUCUUAAUGUAAACAGUUGGGUUUUGUCUUCAAAGAAUAUAGAAACCUCCAGCCAGCCUCCAGUAGAAGACAAAUGGCUGCUGCGCAAGAAGGCACACGACUGUGGCCUUCCUACAGUUUGUGACCUCUUUGCCUGUAUGAAGCUGAAUGGAGAUAAAGAAAAGUGGCUGUACCGGACUCCUUUACAGAUGUGAAAAGCCUGAACCAUUUGAAACUCACCUUUCUGCUGAUCACCGCACAUUUGUACUGAGUGACUGCAGUCUUCUGCAUUUAUAGUUUGUGUCUGAUACUUGCCUCUUCCAAACUUUGUUGUGCUGUGGAGGUCAACUUGCACCACAUGGAAGCAACAGUACCAUUGUAUGCAUUUCAUGGGCUUUGACAUGAAGAUCUCUCCCUGGCUUGACACUUGGAAGUCUCUUGAAAUUGUGGAAGUCAGUGUUUUGAUGAAAUAUCUUCCUGACAUUUGGACUACACCCAUAAUAGAAUGACUCUUACCUCUUUUCCCCAGGAGAUAGAGUGGCUGAUAAAUUCAGUAGGUAUCUGAAGUUACACUUGUGAGAGUGGGAGGCUUGUAUUUGGCAGUUUCUAAUGAAGAGCUCUUUUUCCAUCCAAUUGCUCCUGAUUAUAAAUAUAUUGAAUUGACACUUAAGACCAUGUUUAAUGAAACAUGGCUGUUAUGCAACAACUAGGUGUUUCAGAGCUGUAUAUUGUAUUCUAAGGGGCUAAAAAUGGAUCUUAUGCCAAACAGAUCAAUAAGGGCUGCCAGUAACUUCAGUGCCAUCUUAAGAUAACUUAGUGUGGGAAGUGAGCUUAAAAAUUGAUUGCAGAGUGGAUGAAAGCUUUUUAACUUGUUUUAAAGCACAUUGUCAAUGGCAAGGUGUUUGUAUUGAAUAGCAAGAAUAUUUAACUUCCAUUUAUUUUAACUUUAUACAACAUUCUAGUCUCUUGGACAUGUUUAGAUGAACUAGCUUGGUGUUCAGGCUAAAGAAGAUGUUGCUUUAAAACCACUUGCCUAGUGCUCCAUGGCACAUAGGAAUUUCUGAUAAGCUCUGAUAAGGAGUAAAAAAUCUUGUUUUUAAAGUGUGUUUGGCCUAGCACAAGUGUGCUUUAACUGAUCUGAACUGCUAAAAGCUAUAAACCUAGGCCUUCAGCAGCAAAAGGGUGUUACUGUCACAUGUACACUUUCCCUUAAUCAGGGCAUUCCUCAAGUGCUGGAAUAGUUUGAGCCAUUCACUGAAAUAUAUGGCAUUGAAUGCUUAAUGUAUGACUCAGAUUAAGAAGAUGGAAUCAGUAAUGAAAGUAGUUGGGCACUCCACUUUUAUAAUUGGUACACAUGAUAGACCAAGCCCUUGCUGCCUUUUCCAUUAAUCCAAUAUUUGUUAAUGCUGAUCAAGUCUCUCCAUUAAGCCAUUGCUAUGAACAAAUUUGCAUAAAUCUGUUGCUUCAGA